AUGUCAAAUUACUUGAACGCAAACUCAACAGAGAAUAAUAAUAAUAAUAAUAAUAAUAAUAAUAAUAAUAAUAAUAAUAUUAAUAAUAAUUUUAAUACAACAGAUUUUAAAAUUGUUGGCAAUUUCAAUACCCCACCAAUUGGGAGCAAUAACAAUAAUAACAAUAAUAAUAAUAGCAUAUCAACUCAAUCUCUUCAAACGAUUAAUGAAUGUAAUAGUGGAGGAGAACAGUCACCAAAAAUUAAAACCAAUAAUAAUUCAUAUAAUACACCAGUUUCAUCAUCAACGUCCACAACUGGUACGAAUACAACACCAAUGAAGUCUACACCAAUUCAUAACUCUUUACAAAAUAUUUUUAAAAAUGCAAAUAGGUCAAAUUUAAAUAAUAAUAAUAAUAAUAAUAAUAAUAAUAAUAAUAAUAAUAAUAAUAAUAAUAAUAAUAAUAAUAAUAAUAAUAGUGGUUGUGGGAGUGGUAGUUUAAAUAGUGUUAAUAAUAAUAAUAAUAAUAAUAAUAAUAAUAAUAAUAAUAGUAAUAAUAAUAAUAGUAAUAGUAAUAGUAAUAGUAAUAAUAAUAAUAAUAGUAAUAGUAAUAAUAAUAAUAAUAAUAGUAAUAGUAAUGCAUACCCGUUAAAAUAUUAUCAACAUCCUCAGCAAUCAUGUUCAAAUUUGGAUUCUUUUGAAAAUUUAUCACCAUUAAGACAAUCAUCAACUUUAUUAAAUUUUAGUUCUAAUAAUAAUAAUAAUAAUAAUAAUAAUAAUAAUAAUAAUAAUAAUAAUAGUAAUAAUAAUAGUAGUAAUAAUAAUAAUAAGAAUAAUAGUAGUAAAAAUAAAGUAGGAGGUGGAAAUAAUAAAAAUAAUGGUGGUGAUGAUAGCGCUCAAUUUAUUUCAUCUGAUAAUAAAUAUAAUACUGUUGGAAAUGAAACUCAUCAUCAUCAUCAUCAUCAACUUCAUAAUCAUCGUCAUUCAAAUGUUCAAGGUAGUUCAUCACCAAUUAAAUCAUCACCAAAAUUAAUAUCUUCACAAUCUCUUGGUAAUAUUUUUAGUCAAAUCUCACCAAAUAUAGCUUUAACAACAAAUAUAUCACCACAUGGAUCACCAUUUUCCUCUUCAUCAUCUUCAAGAAAAUCAUCUUCAUCUCCUUCUUUUUUAAAUCAAAAUAAUCAAAACAAUCCAAAUAAUCAAAAUAAUCAAAAUAAUUCAACAUCUCCACAUGAAAAGUCAUUUUUAAAUAAUUCAAAUGAUAGUUUUGAUUAUAAUGAUAAUUCAAAAAGAUUAAGAAAUAGAUUAACUAGAAAUACAGGGUAUAGUAGUACAGGUAGCAUUGGAAAUAGUAGCAGUAGUAGUUUUUAUAAUAAUAAUAACGAAAAUAGUAAUAUAUAUUCAAAAAUUAAACAUACAAGAAGUAGUAGUGGCGGUAAUAAACCAUCACCAAAAUAUUUUCAAACUUCACAAGCAAUAUAUACUCCACCAUAUCCACAACCAUAUCCACAACCACCUCAACUACCACCACCAUCAUCAUCAUCAUCAUUAUCUAAAGAAAAUGAUAAUGUCGACAACAACAACACCAAUAAUAAUAAUAAUAAUAAUAAUAAUAAUAAUAAUAAUAAUAAUAAUAAUAAUAAUGAGUCAUUUUUUUCAUCAAAAGGUACAAUGAAUUUAAUUCAUAUAUCCCUAUUAUCAGUAUUGGCAUUUUAUAUUUUCUUGAUGGUAUCAAAAAAGUUUUUAUUUAGAGUAUUUCAAUGGAAUAAUAAUAUUAAUUCAUUGUUUAUUUUAAUAUUUUCAUUUCAUUUCAUAUUCUCAUCGAUUUUAAUGUUUUUGUUGGUGGUAUUGUUAAAAAUGAAGAAAUACUCACAUUCAAUCUCUCAAUCUGCACGUGAAUCCUUAAGAAAUUCAAGAGUGAUACCAUCAUUAUUAAAUUUCUUUUUAUCAGAUUAUAUUUUUUUGGGUUUAGUUUUAUCUGGUUUGGUUAAUAUCCUUCAAGUUAAUCUUUUCUUUAAUCCAAAAGAUCCACUUUUAAAUUUAGAUUCAAUUUCUAAUAUAUCAACAGCAAUUGAAUUUUUAGUUGUUGGAAUUGUAUUAAAUUUUUCACAUAUUCCAAAAAAAAUGUAUAAUAGUAGAUAUAGCGAAUUUAGAGUUUCAUCAUCGAUCUCACCAUAUUUUCAAGAUGAAUCCUAUAAUGUAAAUAAUAUAAUAAAUAACGAUAAUAAAAAUAAAAUUAACGAUAAAAGUGAUAAUAGUAAUAGUAUCACUAAUAAUAAUAAUAUCAAUAAUAAUAUUGAUAAUAAUAAUAAUAGUAGUAGUAAUACUAAAAUUAAUAACGAUUUAAAUUUUGAUAAUAAUAUUAAAAAUAACGAUAUAAAUAAUAAUAUUACAAAUAAUAAUAAUAACAAUAACAAUAAUAACAAUAAUAACAAUAAUACUAAUAAUAAUAAUAAUAAUAAUAACAAUAAUAGUAACAAUAAUAAUAAUAAUAAUAAUAAUAAUAGUAAUAAAAAUAAUAAUACUAAUAGUAAUAAUAAUAAUAAUAAUAGUAGUAAUAAUAAUAAUACUAAUAAUAAUAAAAUUAACGAUAAUAAAAAUAAUAAUAAUAAUAAUAAUAAUAAUAAUAAUAAUAAUAAUAAUAAUAAUAAUAAUAAUAAUAAUGAAGAAGAUGAUGAAGAAGAAAAGAAUGAUUGGUCAUAUUCAUUUCAAAUAUUUUUUACAAGAAUAUUUUUAUGUUUAUCAAUUACUUAUACAUUGAUUGUAUUAAGAUUAAAUUAUGAUCCAUUGAAUCAAUUCUUACAACAAAGUAGUUCAUUUGGAUCUGGAGCUAAUGGUAAUAGUGGUGGUGGUAAUGUAAAUACAAUCAUUUCACCAGUACAAUUUCAAGCACCAUUGGCAACUUUAUUACAUUUCAUUCAAUUGGUAUUGUUAUUGGUAAAUUAUAAUCGUUUUAGAACCAAUAGAUUCUUUUCAUUAAUAUUAUCAACAAUUUUCAUAGAAGUUUCAUCUUGGGAGACAUUUGGUUUGAAUUCUCGUUUAUUUGAAUCAUAUAUUUUCGAGGCAUUAUUAAUUCGUAGAUGGAUUCGUGCAUGUUCUGUUGGUUUCCCAAUUGUUGGUAUCAUUUUGGAUAUCUAUAGUGGUUGGAUGAGUAUAAAUCAAUCGAUCAAAUCAAUCGAUCAACAAAACAUUAUGAUUGUCAAUAGAUUUAAUUACCUCUGUUCAAACGUUAAGAAACAAGAGGAAUUAACACAAUACAACUCUCAAUUCUACAUUGAAUCAAUGAAUCAAUUCAAACGUUUAGUUCAAAAUACAGGUUCAAUCAUUAGUUUAAUAUAUGAUACCGAUGUUCAACCAAAUCAAGAGGCUUAUCUAAGUAAAUUCUCAAGUUCUUAUGAACAAUUAAGUAAACUAACCAAGGAGUGUUUAUUCUACUCGGAAAUUAAACAAUUGAAACGUAAUGAUGUAGAGAAUCUAUCAUUUGUAGUUUCAAAUCUUUUAGAGGAUUUAAUUUCAACACCAUCAAUUAGAACUCAAUUCGAAGAGAAAGAAAUCGAUCUCUUCUAUUUAAUUGAUAAAGAUGUACCUCUCUCAUUGGUUGGUGAUUCUCAAAAGAUUAAACAAAUUCUAUUGAAACUAAUAACCAAUAGUAUAAAGGCAACCUAUGAAGGUGAAGUUUAUAUUAGAGUUUCCCUCUCAAGUAAUUUAGGUGUUUUAAAACAACAACCAAUUCAUCAUCAUCGUCAUCAUCAUCGUCAUCAUCACCAUCACCAUCACCAUCAUCAUCAUCAUAUCAUUGAUGAUGAUGAUUAUGACGACGAUAAUGAUGAUGACAAUAAUACUGAAGAUAGUAGUAGUUGUUGUAAUAUUGAUGAAUUAUCUGAUAAAAUUAAAGAUAAUCAAGAUGAAAAUUUAGAAUUAAAAAAAUCAAAUAAUGAUAAAAUUAUUGAAAAUAAAGAAAAUCAAGAAAAUAAUAAUAAUAAUAAUAAUAAUAAUAAUAAUAAUAAUAAUAAUAAUAAUAAUAAUAAUAAUAAUAGUAAUAAUAAUACAAAUAUAAAUAUAAAUACAAAUAAUAAUAAUGAUAGUAAUAAUAAUAAUUGUAUUAAUAAUGAUUUAAAAAAUAAUAAUAAUAAUAGUAAUAAUAAUGUAAAUAAUAAUAAUAAUAAUAUUAAUGAUAGUAAUAAUAAUAAUAAUAGUAAUAAUAAUAAUAUUAAUAAUAAUAUUAAUAAUAAUAUUAAUAAUAAUAAUAAUAUUAAAAAGAAAAAAAAGAAAAAUGAAUUUACAGUUUAUUUUUCAGUAAUUGAUAGUGGUUCAGGUAUUGAUCCUUAUAGUACAAAUUUAUUAUUUCAACCAUUUUCAUUAUCAAGUUAUAAUGUAAAUUCAACCAAUACAGAUGGUGAAUUUGGUUUAGGUUUAGCAAUUUGUAAACAAUUAUCAAAUUUAAUGAACGGUGAAAUUAAAUAUGAAACAGAAAUGGAGAAGGGAUCAGUUUUCGAGUUACAAGUUCCAAUGAAAUGUGAUAGUAUUAGCUCAAUUACUUCCUCGAUGAAUAGUACUACUAAUACCACCAAUCAUUAUCCAAGAAUUAUGAAUAAUCAAAGUUCAAAGUUUUUUGCAAACUCUAAAUGGGGCGAAGGCUUAAAGAUAUUGGUUAUUGAUGAUAAUCCAAACAUUGGAAAAGUGAUAGCAAUGCAUUUGGAACCAUUUGGAUUUAAAGUUUUCCAAAGAACCACCUUUCAAUCGGCUAUUUAUUUCUUUAAUGAACGUAAUGGUGAUUUCAAUCUAAUUCUUUUGGACCCAUUGAUUCCUUCAUUGGUAAUCGAUGAGAUUAAACAAAUGAAACAAGAUUCUUCCAAUAUCAUAAAGAAUCCACCUUUGGUAAUAAUGUGUACCGCUAAACUUAGAAAAUCUUUAAAUGUUGAUAAUGUUCAUUACCUCUAUAAACCAAUUAAAAGAGAACAAUUAACUGUACUCUCUCAAUUAUUACCAAAUACUUCAACAAUUAAUCCAAUUUAUUCAAAUCAAAAUUUAAAUAAUAGUGGUAGUAGUAAUGGUGGUGGUGGUGGUGGUGGUGGUGGUGGUGGUGGUGGUGGUGGUGGUGGCAGUGGUAGUAGCAAUAUUGAUUUCAAUAAAACUAAACUUGGUGGUUCUAAUAUUUCAACUGGUAUUGGUAAUAGUGGUUUAAUUAAUAGUAAUAAUAUUCCAACUCCAGUUAAUACACCUUCAAAUAUUAUUCCAAAUUUACUUUCUUGUCAAUCAUUAUUAACAAGUUUAAAUAAUGCAAAUAUUCCUCAAUUAACAAAUGAUAUUGGUAUAACAAAUAAUAAUAUUAAUAAUAAUAGUUUAAUGUUUACAACACCAAAUUCAACACUUAGUAAUAAUGGUAUUACAGGUUUAGAUAAUAAUAGUAAUAAUGAUACUGGUAGUAUUGAUAAUAAUAGUAAUAUUAGUACAAAUAUUGAUAAUAAUAAUGAUUAUUUUAUUAGAAAUAAUGGUAUUCCUCCUCAAAAUGAUAUGAAUACUUAUAAUAAUUAUGUUUUAAAUCAUCAACAAGGUGUUCUACCAAAAUCAUUAUCAGUACCAUCCACUCCAUUAUCAUAUAAUAUGUUACCAACAAAUCUAAACAUUAAUGCAAAGAGAUCUUCAUUACAACCAUUAAAUGAAAAUUCAGUUUUACCAACAAAUUUAACACCUCCAAUUUUAUCUGCUUCACCUCAAUCUUUACUUCCAAUGGGUAAUGAUAUUAAUUCAAUAUUACCAAAUACCCAACAAUCACAAAUAGAUUUACAAUCACAAAUCGAAUUACAACCACUUUUACAAUCAACUAUAAUUAGAAAUGAUCGUGGUGGUGAUAUUUUACCUGAUUCAACUUUAGAAGGUCAAAUAACAAAUUUAAGUGGUAAUAAUUCAACCAUAUCAAUAAAUCCACCAUUACCAGAAACUAAUAACAACACAACAACAACGACAACAACAACACAACCAAAGAAAUCACCGAUAUUAACAUCUUCAAAUGGUAGUGAUAAGAGUGAAGGUUCGACUGGUAGUAAUAGAUCAAAAUCUAGAAUUUCCUUUUUAAAUUCAAGUAAUAGUGGUUUAUUAAAAAAUAAUCUUGGUGAAGAUAUUUAUUGUAAAGGUGAUCAAUCUGAAGGUAUUCCAAUACCAAAAUCUGAAAGAACUUCUGAUUCUUCAUCUUCAUCUUCUUCCUCUGAUUCACAUGGCCAAGAUGAUCAUUCAUAUAGAUUGGAAGAUUUUUCAAUUUCUUCACCAUCUUCUCAAUCACCAUUACUAGAUUUAAGUGGUACAAGUGGUACAAGUGGUACUACAAAUCUUGCAAAUAGUGGUAUUAAUAGUGGUAGUGGUAGUGGUGGUGGUGAUAUUAUUAAUCAAAAUCAAUUAAUAACAUCAAAUCAAUUAUUUCAACAACAACUACAACAGCAACAACAACCACAACAACAACAACCACCAGGAACUCCAACAAUUUCACCAUCAUCAUCAUUCCCAUUAUUACCAAUACCAAGAGAUAUCAUUAAUAGCAGUGGUGCAAGUAGUGGUAUUAAAGUUAAAUCGUCAACUUCAAUACCAGAUUAUGUACAAGUUUCACCAAGAAGAUUUAGUGGUAGUAGUACAGGAAGUGGUAGUAGUGUUGCAUCACCUCAAUUACUUUCAACUUCAAAUCAAUUAAAUAAUAAUAUUAAUAAUCUUAACCUUAAUAGUAAUAAUAAUAACAACAAUAAUAAUAAUAAUAAUAAUAAUAAUAAUACAAAUAAUGAUAAUAAUAAUAAUAAUGAUAAUAAUUAUAAUGUUAAUAUUUUAUUAGUUGAAGAUAAUUUAGUAAAUGCAAAGAUUGCAAUGACAGUAUUAAGAAAACAUAAUUUUAGAGUUGAACUUUCAAAGAAUGGUCAACUUGCGAUGGAAAGAAUUAAACAAAGUCACUCAUCAUUCGAUUUGAUUUUAAUGGAUAUUCAUAUGCCUGUAAUGGAUGGUAUCACUUGUUCAAAGUUAACACGUAAAUUUGAAACUGAACAUGGUCUUAAACAUUUACCAAUUAUCGCUCUCACUGCUGAUGCAACCACUGGUCAUAAAAAUCUUUGUCUUGAAGCUGGUUGUAAUGAAUUUAUGUCAAAACCUUUAGAUUAUGCUUUAUUAAUUAGUUUAUUAAAGAAAUUAGUUUUUAAUAAAGAUCAAUAA